CAGUGACACUGAUGGUCAAACAGACUCUGAGGAUGACACCGUUCUGCAGAAGAGAACACUGAAUGAGAUGAACAAUGGAGUUGCAGAAUAUGUGACAUCGAAGAGGACGAAUGCUGAAAAAAUAACGAGAGAGAAAAGCAUAAAUGGACUUAUGAGGACAGCAGAGCAGCUGGUAAAGAAGUGGCCUGGGCCGUCAUACAGUGACACUGAGAGUCAAACAGACUCUGGGGACAGGAUGGACACAAUUUUGCAAAUAGUAAAAGCUGACAGGACAAGGCCAGAAGAGAGAGAACUGCUGAAAAAGCAGGCGAGAUCACUGAUGAAAAAUAGAGCUGCAGAAGAUGUGAACACAAAGAGGAUGAUGGAAGAGAAAAUGAAGGAGAAGAAAAUAGAUGAGUUGAUGAAUACUGCUGGAAAGCUGGUGAAGAAGUGGCCUGGGCCCUCGUACAGUGACACAGACAGCCAAUCAGAUCCCGUGGACAAUUGGAUGGAAAAUAUGUUGGAAAUGAAAGCACGGAGGAGAAUGACAGAUGAAAUGGUGCUGCAGGAGAGAACACUGAAUGAGAUGAACUAUAGAACUGCGGAAUAUGUGACAUCGAAGAGGGCAACGGAUGAAAAAAUAAUAAAGAAAGAGAAAAAAAUAGAUGGACUGAUAAGGAGUGCAGAGCAGCUGGUGAAGAAGUGGACUGGGCCGUCAUACAGUGACACAGACAGUCAAACGGACUCUGGUGACGACUGGAAGGAAAAGAUUUCGGAAAUGAAUGCACAAAAGAAAAUAAUGAACUGGACAAUGAAGGAGGGGAAUGUGACAAAAUACAUAGAUAAACUGAUGAAGGAUGCAGAGCAUCUCAUGCAAAAGUGGCCUGGGUCUUCAAACCCAGACAUAGACAGACAAAUGGAUUCUGGUGACUCCUGGAUGGAUGACGUCCAUGACAAUACGCUACAGGACAAACCGGUAUGUGAGACUGACAAACAUGACAAAGAUGACGAAACAAUGGAGGACAAAGGCUCAAGAGACGGAACACUAAAGAAGCCAAAACGAGACCAAACAGACAAUGAUUGGAUGGAGAAAGAGAUCGUCUUAGAAACACAGAGGAGACACUUGAAGAUUGAAGAAAGGCAAAACUAUUGGAAAAGAGUGCUGGAUGAAGACCAGAUUUUGGAAACGAAAGAACAAAGUAAAAUGGCGGAAGAGAUGAUACCACAGAGAGAUCAGCACAUCAAUGGAGACAGACGAAGAGAAUUCCAUUGAUGAAAAAGUAAUGGCUCAGCCAAGAACAUCAAUGGAGGCAGAGGAAGAGAAGUCAAGAGUGAAGAGAACAGUUGAUGAAAAAGUAAUGGAACUGAAAGAGACAGAUGAUGUCAUGAAGCUUCUAGAGCAGAAGAACAGGUACGGGUCUUCGCACAGCGACACCGACACCCAAACCGACUCUGAUGAUGCUCUGAGAGGCCAGGAGGUUAUCGAGAUAAACCAGGCAGCAGCACCAAGCCGACACUUCGAGAACAAUGAGCGGCAAGAAGAGCAAGAACAGCAAAGAGUUGAAAAGGUGGGUGUGCUGAGAGAGAGAAUGCAACACGCGGUGGAAGAUGGACGUGUAGAAGAAACAAAACUGAACAGGAGCAAAACAGUGGAAGAAAUGGCGGAAUGGACAGACGACGAUGUAAUGAAGCUUGUGCAGGUAUUGAAGAAGAAGUGGUUUGACACCGAAGACAGCAGCAUAGACCACCAAGCAGACUCUGAUGACACUCAUGUGGAUGAGGUGGAGAAGAUUACUAUACAGGAGAAGGAGGAGGAGAAAGAGGAGGCGAAAGAGGAGGAGAGGGAGGAGGAGGAGAAAGAGGAGGAGAGAGAGGAGGAGGAGAAAGAGGAGGAGAGGGAGGAGGAGGAGAAAGAGGAGGAGAGGGAGGAGGAGGAGAAAGAGGAGGAGAGAGAGGAGGAGGAGAAAGAGGAGGAGAGGGAGGAGGAGGAGAAAGAGGAGAUGGUGCAGGCAUCUAAGACAGGGCAGCAGAAGAAUAAACUUGUCAGAGGCAUUGCAUGGAUUAGGAAGCGCUUGGGAUUCAAGCCAUCAGCCAGGCAGAAAGAGGAGGAAAAAGAAGAAGAAAAUAAAGAGAAGAAGAAGAAAAGCAAACGAUUGAAACUCUUCAGAUGGUUUACCAAGAGGAAAUUAGACAAAAAAAACCAUCCCCAAAGACAAAAUAAUGACACAAGUAUUGCAGUGGCUAUAUACACCACCAUCUCCAGUUUAGGCUGCAGACCACCACCAAGGCCAAGGCCUGGCUAAUGCCACCUGUCUGUAUUUGUGGAAGAGGCGAGGAUGACAGAUUUAACAGGUUGCCGGGAUCAAGUCUUGCACACAAGGAAUCUGACAGAGGUGGGAGGAGGACAAAGGGAGGGGUCAGUUGUCUCGGUCUCAGACAACAGGAAUCCAUACAAUACUGCUGUUCCUCAAAAAGAAUAUAGGCCCGAAAUAAAGGAAGGCAAUGCAUUGAUUAACCCAUUUUUUCCUAAGCCCUUUUUGGGAAAGUGUGCACUCUACCUAUUAAAUCCUAAAUAUCUCAGCCUCCGAAGCACAUACAAACAUGAAAUGAGUUGCGUUGAAAAGCUAGGUUCCUCGUUUUGCCUUAGAAUGUGUUCAUCAAGCUCUAGCUUACCCACAUUUUUAAUAAAACAGCUCAAAUCUCAAGAACCUGAAUUCAGCGUAUAUGUGUGUCCAGGACACAAUGGGUUAAGGACCGAGAAGGCAGAAAGAGGGAUAAAAUCA